UUUUAGCUCCUAAAUAUCAGACUGCCUACGCCUGUGAAGGUAAGAAAUUAACAAUAGAAUGCGACCCAGGCGAUGUGAUAAAUCUCAUACGGGCAAACUAUGGACGUUUCUCAAUAACGAUAUGCAAUGAUCACGGCAACAUGGAAUGGAGUGUCAACUGUAUGUUCCCCAAAAGUCUUACGGUGUUAAACUCAAGGUGUGCCCACAAGCAAAGUUGUGGUGUAUUGGCAACAACUAGCAUGUUUGGUGAUCCAUGUCCCGGUACACACAAAUAUUUAGAAGCUCACUAUCAGUGCAUAUCAGCAUCACAAACAUCGACAACAACUAAUCGUCCCAGUCCACCGCCAUGGGUACUAUCGAAUGCACCACCAAUUUUGCCGAAUGGAAGUUCAUCGAUUAUCAAUCCAGGUUUAGUACAACCACCUUUACCACCUGCCCAGCCACCGCCAAGAAUGCCUCCAAUGCCAGGUUUGCCAGUAUCUGCCGUGCCGUCAUCUCCGGGACCUCCUACAAUACAUACCACCCUACCGGGUGGUAGACUUAAAGCAAAUAGCUCUAUAAAACCACCAACUAGACAUGAUGGUCUGCCACCACCGCCACCUUUACAUCAUCAUCAUCACACAAAUGGUAAUCAUCAUCAAAAUGCUGGAAAAGUCGAUCCACAAAAGGAGGUCGUCCAACCCAGAGAUCAUGUCCACAAAACGACAACACAAGAGACUAAAACCGUACAACAAAAAACUCAAAAUAAUGCGGUUAGCAAUACAACAACACCGCCGAACACCAGAAUAUUAACUGGCGUCGGUGGUACAGGAAGCGAUGAUGGUACUCUGCUUACAACAAAGACCACAACGAGACAGCAACAAUUACCAAAUCCAUUACCUUCUGGUACAACAACCGCAUCAUCCCUAGGCGGCAAUAUCAACUCCACUCUGGGAUCCGGCAUUAUUAAAUCCAUAAACAAUAUAAAUUUGAAUACUGGUUUAGUGGGAGGUGAAGACGAAACCAAUAUGUUUUGUGGUCCCAUGCAUGCUCGGAAUCUAUUUUGGAACAUUACGCGUGUGGGUGAUGUCAAUGUACAGCCCUGUCCGGGUGGAGCAACUGGUAUUGCCAAAUGGCGUUGUGUUCUAAUGAAACGAAUGACCCUAGACGAAGAUGAGGACAUUGCCUCUUCAACGCCAAACGCCUUGUGCAACGGCACAAAUUGUACAAGUUUUCGUUUACGUAAUUUCGAACCCACCUGGCACCCUUUAACUCCAGAUUUAACCCAAUGUCGAAGCCUUUGGCUUAGCAAUCUGGAAGUAAGAGUUAGUCAACGUGACUCUUCGCUGAUUUCGAUUGCCAAUGAUUUGUCUGAGGUGACUAGCAGUAAAACCCUAUAUGGCGGCGAUAUGUUGGUCACCACCAAAAUCAUUCAAACCAUGUCGGAAAAAAUGUUCCAUGACAAGGAAACAUUUCCCGAUCAACGUUUGCGUGAGGCAAUGAUAUUGGAAUUGUUACAGGGUGUAGUCAAGACUGGAUCAAAUCUCUUAGAUGAAUCUCAGUUGUCAUCAUGGUUGGAUUUAAAUCAGGAAGAUCAAAUGAGAGUGGCCACAUCGUUGCUAACUGGAUUAGAGGAGAAUGCAUUUCUGUUGGCUGAUACCAUCAUACGGGAGCGUAAUGUUGUACAGAAAGUUAAAAAUAUUUUGCUUUCCGUAAGGGUAUUGGAAACAAAGAAUAUGCAAUCCAACGAAGUAUUUCCUGAUAAUGGCCAGUGGCAAAUCAGUGACGAUCGCAUUGAAUUGCCAAAGGCAGCCCUGAUAGAGAAUAGUGAUGGCGGUCUUGUUCGUAUUGUCUUUGCUGCCUUUGAUCGGUUAGAAUCAAUAUUAAAGCCUUCGUAUGAUCACUUUGACAUAAAGUCAGCAAGAAGUUACAUACGCAGUACAGCCAUUUUAACAAAUGAUACCGCCGAUUCUUCAAACUCUUCACCCUCACCGCAGCGUAUACGAAUUUUGAAUAGCAAAGUUAUAUCAGCUAGUUUGGGAAAAGGACGACACAUUCAACUAUCCCAGCCAAUCAAAUUGACAUUUAGGCAUUUGAAGACGGAAAAUGUAACCAAUCCAACAUGUGUAUUUUGGAAUUACAUAGAUCAUGCUUGGUCUGCCAAUGGCUGUGCCCUCGAAUCGACCAAUCGUACACACAGCAUUUGUAUGUGCAAUCACUUGACCAACUUUGCCAUACUAAUGGAUGUCAUGGAUUCCCACACUCAUUCACUUUUCACCAUGUUCGAUGGCAAUAUGCGUAUCUUGAUUUACGUCAGCAUAUCGAUCUGUUUGAUAUUUAUUGUGGUAGCUUUACUAACGCUAAAAAUAUUUAAUGGAGUUUUUAUUAAGUCUGCACGUACUUCUAUUUAUCGCAGUAUUUACAUAUGCUUGCUUUUAGUCGAAAUUCUCUUUCUAAUUGGUAUUGAACAAACGGAAACGAGUAAAUUUUGUGGAUUUAUAACGGUGUUUUUACACUGUGCAAUUUUAUCGGCCAUUGCCUGGUUUUGUUUUGAAGCUUUUCAAUCGUAUACAACUCUUACCACCGAUGACAUUCUACUUGAAGUUGAUCAAAGUUCCAAAGUCAAUUGUUAUUAUUUACUAUCGUAUGGUCUAUCUCUGACAAUUGUGGCAAUAUCAUUGGCCAUUAAUCCAAGCACUUACACUCAAAAUGACUAUUGUGUUUUGAUGGAAACAAAUGUGCUGUUCUAUGCAACUUUUAUUACACCGGUAUCGCUAUUCUUGAUUGGAGCAUUGGGUUACACAUUCCUAUCAUGGGUGAUAAUGUGUCGAAAGGCAAGAACCACAUUGAAAAAUAAGGAACACACCAGGCUGGCAAAUGUUCGAUUCGAUAUACGUUGCUCGUUCAUAUUUCUAUUGCUGUUGUGUGCCGUAUGGCUAUCCGCCUACUUUUACCUAAGACGUUCGAAAAUGGAUGAUCAAAUGGCCCAGUUGUAUGGCUAUCUUUUUGUUGGCUUCAAUACAAUGAUGGGCAUUUAUAUAUUUGUUUUCCAUUGCAUUCAAAAUGAAAAGAUACGUCGCGAAUACCGUAAAUAUGUUCGACAAAAUUCUUGGUUGCCAAAGUGCUUGCGUUGCAGCAAGACUUCAAUAUCGUCUGGUAUUGUCGGCGGCAGUGCUUGCGGUGGCAUGAAUUCGGCUGGCAAUGCUGGCACUUUGACCAGUAACACCAAUGCCCUGGGAGUUUCGAACACGGGAACUCAAAUGAAAAAAUCUAAAAUGCCCAUUGGCGACGCCAAUGAAAACGAAGACAUUGUGAAUAUGGCAGCGUCCACGGAUGAUGCAAUAUUGGCUACAAGUGAUUGUGAAAUGAACGACAAUGUCUCUCGCAGGCAGGGUUCUUCAGCGAGUGCCGGCGGCAACACUGGCACCUUACAGAGUGGCAUAAUACAGGGUAACAUGGUCUUACAACAACAUUCCUCAUCGAAAUCCAAUGAACCCGUGGCUGUUCCACCUAACCACAUAGCCUUAGAGCGCAACUCAAAUAUAAUUAUGGGAACCAGGUGCAUCGGGGACAUUGAGAUCUACUGGAGGUGGUGGUAUACACACACCAGUGCUGGACACACCUCACCGACGUCAUCUGUUAGCUCGACACAUCUAAUAUUCGGACAAGGACACAAACAACAGCAAUUAGCUGCCGGCAACAUGAAUGGUCCACCAACACAAGAGGCCUUUUACCAUCAACCCGACUACUAUGCAUGGCAACAAAAGAAUCAUAAGGCUGGUCAAGCUAGAGAUUAUCAUGGUGCGGCGGGAGUAUCUCCCCAGCAACCGCCGCAACAAACUCACGAAUUUUUCUACUGGACACAAAAGCAUAACCAAGGUCAUGGCAAAAAGAAACGUGGCAGUAAUACCGGUUCCGAUUCACCAAGUGGGUCAUUACAUUCACGCAAUACGGCCACAUCCCAACAAAUUCUAUUCUAUCCUUCGUACAAGAAAACCACAAUGAAGCAACAACAGCAGGGACAUGCCCUGCAACAGCAGCAUCCCUACUACGCGGAGGCCAUAGAUCCAGGAGCGCCACCCUACUACCAAAGGCAACCGCCGCAACAUAUGCAGCGUAGGCCAUUACAUUCGCAACACCAGCAGCAGCAUCAGCUGUCAUCAGACGACGAACAAAUGGAGCAUGCGGCCCAUGCCCAUUUGUUGCAACAGAUUAAUCGCCGUGGUCAAGGCCCUGGUGAGUUUUCCCUGCCCCCAAUGGCGGCAAUAGGGCCACAACAACGUUACUAUAGAAAUAAGCAUUCCAACUGUGAUUUAAACCAACCUGACAAUUUCGAUAUGCAUCGUGUCGUCGGCGAUGGUAGUGGUGGUGGGGUCGGGAUGGUAGACCCCAGUGCCGGUGAAACUUACUAUAAUCAAGGUUCGAUGUGUGGUGAUAACGGUCCUGUAUACGAAGAAAUUCUGAGUAAUCGUACCUCCGAUGUGCAGCACUACAAUGUGGAUGAUAUGUUGCCACAGCACGACUAUGAAGACGAACGUGCCAUGCAGGCAUUGUAUCAACGUCAGCAGCAACAAAAAAAGCUAAUGAAUCGCUACCCAACGCAUAGCAGCAAUGGUGGUGGUGGUCGGAUGGCUACCAGCCAUGAUUAUGUUGAUGAUUUCGAAGCGCCCAUUAGUGGUGAAAGUCCCUAUAGUGAUCCGGAUGACGACGACGAUGAGGAUGAUCGUGACGACGAUUGCAGCGAUGACCAGCUGCCGCCACAAAGCGAUGAACGAAUGAGACGAUUGAUGGCAAUGCAAGAUGCAGAUUUUCAAAGAAGAUUUCAGCGUCAGCUGCGUAAAAAUGCCCAGGCGAAUGAGGGUGCAUCAGCUCCGCCGCCAGGCUACCACGAAUACCAUGAAUCUGUGCAGCCGUAUAUACAAUCCCAGCAAGUCCAACAACAACAACAAACACAACACCAACAGCCCAUAACGGUUUUUGGGGUAAGUAGCGGCUCCGGAGGCUCAAUACGUAGUUUUAAAAAAACUGCACCCGCCUCCGGCAGCCGCUUAGCUGUCAAUGAGCUAUUUAAUCAUGGACCACCACUGCCCCCUGCCAAUCAGCAUUCUAUGCAGAAAAAUAAGCAUUUACAACAACAGCAACUGCUGCAGCAACAACAGAGUACUGUCCAGUCUCAGCUUCCGCCAAAUCAUGCACAGCAACAAGUAUCUCCACAACAGUCUCUGAGUACACCCGUUGUGGGUCGAAAUAUAUCAGCCAUGCUGGAUGAGAACAAUACGGUGCGGUGUUAUUUAGAGCCUUUAGAAAAGUAAUUAAUAUUUCACAACAC